AUGAAUUACCUUUAUAAUAUUUCAGAAUCUUUAAAAAAGAUUUUUAAUUAUUUUAGUAGUAUUACAAGAGAUUGUGAAAAGAAAAGAGUUUUAAUAAUUGGGUGUGGUUUUGGAGGUAGCCAAGUUGCAAAAUUAUUAGAUUCAAAUUUUGAAGUAACUGUUGUUGAAAGAAAACAAACAUUUUUUAAUAGUAUUGCAUCAAUAAGAGCAAUAGUUGAACCAGAAUUGGCAAAAAAAAUAUAUAUACCAUAUGAUAAACUAUUGAAAAAUGGUAAAUUUAUUUAUGGUACAGUUAUUGAAAUUUCACCAACUCUUGUAAAAUUAGAAGAUGGUAAAGAAUUAACAUUUGAUUAUUUAGUAAUUGCAACUGGUUCAAAUUCAUUGGCACCUUUUAAAGCACCAUUAGAAAAAAUAUCAGGUACUGAAAUUUUUAAUUACUAUAAAGACAUAUCAGAACAAAUUAAACAAGCUAAAAGUAUAUUAAUAGUUGGGGGUGGUUCAGUAGGUUGUGAAGUUGUUGGAGAAAUUAUUAAUAAAUAUCCAAUUAAAAACAAAGAAUUGGCAAAGAAAAUUACGAUUGUUCAUAGUGGUAAUAAAUUAGUAUCAUCCAAAACAAAUAAUAAAUUCAAUAAUUUAAUUAAUGAAUCUAUGAAAAAAAGAAACGUUUCAGUUAUAUUAAAUGAUAGAAUUGAAAUUCCAGAUGAUAUAAAACAAUGUUUUAUUAAUCAAACAUCACCAAAUUUUCAAGUUUCAUUAAAAACAUAUAAAACUAAAAAUGGGUUAUCAAUUGAAUCUGAUUUUGUAAUUUGGACAAUUGGUAUUAAAUUAAAUAGUGAAUCUUAUAAAACUAAUUUUUCAAAUGAAAUUAAUGAAAUUGGUCAAAUUAAAGUUAAUCAAAGUUGUCAAGUUCAAGGAUACGAUAAUAUAUUUGCAAUUGGUGAUAUUACAGAUUUUGAUGAACUUAAAACCACAUACAAUGCACUUUCACAUGGGAAUAUAGUAGCUAAAGUUAUAAAAGAUUUAUCAAAUGGUAAAAAUAAAAACCAACUUGCAAAACAUAAAUUAUUACCACCAAUCAUUAGUCUAUCACUAGGUCCAAAAGAUGGUUUAACUCAAAUUAAUUCAAAUUUAAAUUUUGGUUCAUUUAUAUCAAGAAUAUUAAAAUCAAAUAAUUUAUUAAUUAAUAGAUUUCAAACACAUUUUAAUAAUCCAGAACCAUUAAAAUGA